CAGUCUCUGCGCUCCAGCUCCACCCCAAAUUGCUGCCUCUGCACGUCCGCCAAACCUUUACCAAACCCAACAACGACCAAUCCACUUCACAUCUCCACCACCGCCCCCUCGCGCCCGCGGCCACCUCCCCGAUGCGCGCCGCCGAGCCCGCCGCGCUGCCCCAGCCGCAGUCCGAUCCGAGGUAGCCAUGAUCCCGCUGCGCCCGCACGCGGCGACGACGGUCACCGCCAACUGCACGGACACCCCGCUCGCCUGCCUCCGGGCCUGCCCCAGCGGCGUCGAGGACUGCUCCGAGUACGCGCUGCCCCCGCCGCCCCCGAUCCCGGUGAUCCCGCGCCAGCCGGACGCCGACCACCACGCGCCCGUGCGCCUCCUCCUCGUCGUCUCCCUGCUCUCCGCCUUCCUCUUCCUCUCGCUCGCGCUCUCCACGCUCCUCGUCUACCGCCGCCGCCGCCUCAUCCUGCGCCGACGGCGCCGCCUCGCCGCGGCCGCCGCCGCCGCCGAAGGUGCCGACGACGGCGGGUUCGGCGACGAGGAGGGCGGCGGGGGAGGGGGAGCGGUGGUGCACCCCGUGUGGUACAUCCGCACGGUGGGGCUCGACGAGGCCACCAUCGCGUCCAUAACAGCCGUGGAGUACCGCCGCGGGGUGGGCCGGGGCGGGGACUGCGCGGUGUGCCUCGGCGAGUUCAGCGACGGGGAGCUGGUCCGCCUCCUCCCCCGCUGCGCGCACCCGUUCCACGCGCCCUGCAUCGACACCUGGCUCCGCGCCCACGUCAACUGCCCGAUCUGCCGCUCCCCCGUCGUCGUUCCUUCCGAUUUACCCGCCACGGCCGCGGAGGCUGCGGCGGAUGGUGUCCAAGCGGAAGAGCACCAAGUGCAUGACGAAAUGUCGCUGUCACAAUCUGAACCGGAGACUGAGGGCUCGGAGGUCUCUGAGGCCUCUUCAGACACUCAAAGUGAGGACACAUCUGCUUCAGGGGAGGAGAAUGGAAGGGCGACCGCCAAACCAAUUCAGCGCUCUGCGUCCAUGGACUCGCCAUUGUUCCUUGUAGCUGUUCCUGAAGCUCAGGAUGAUGUCGUGCCGUCUAAUUGCAAGUUGCCAAUUGCCCGAGAGAUGAAGAUCUUCAGGGUGAAAGAGAAGGAGGCAGCAGGCACUUCUUCGUCUUCUUGUCAGUCAGGUCGGUUUAAGAUUGGCAGGUCCAUGUCAAGCAGUGGCCAGGGGUUCUUCUUCGCACGGAAUGGCCGCUCCAGUGGCACUGUGCUGCCACUGUGAGUCGGCAAGUUUUUUAUCGUCAAGGGGAUGCAGCCUCAGCAAAGCCGGGAGCUGGUAGUGUGUCAGUGUCUGUUGAUAGAAAGCUUAUACCAGAGAGCUGAAGUCGCUCUCGGAGAAAAUCUCCUUUGAGAUGUGAGCUGAAGAGAGCAAUUGUUGGUGAUAUGGAUUUUAGGAGUGAUGUGGUUGUGUUAGCUUCAAAGUCCCAAGUUUCCUGUAUGAUAACUUCAAGCUUGGGCCUUGGGUUAAGUGAAUUUGGGGAAGCUGAUGUUUGGCUUCUCCAUAAACUUUUAUUAUGUAGCAAUCACGUAAAAAGGAAUGAACUAUCACCUAUAUCAACUUCUAUUUGUCUCAAAAAGGAAAGGAGUAAAAAUACUAAUGUAAGAAUCUGUAGCCUGGGAGACCAGUACUUCCUGGUGGUGGUUUAUGAUAUUGUUAGAUCUCUUCUUUUUAUGGAUA